AUGUCUGAAACUUACGACUUCCUGGUCGGCACGUUCAACACUCCUCAGUUAUACACCCUGCGCUUCACGCCGCCUUCAUCAUCAGCUCCGGACUCCGGUUCCCUCAAGAUCCUCCAUCGUGCUUCUGCCGUGGGUUCUCACUCCUGGCUUCAUCUGAACCCGCCGAAGCCUAACAGCAGACGGAACCUCUAUGCCACGGCAUGGACGGAACCUCCCUCCGUGGUAGCAUAUGCAGUCAACUCCCCAACCGACAUCCAACUCCUCGGGAGCGCGUUAACGAGAUCGCGCAGUGGCUACGUCACAGCCAGUGAUAUAGCGCUAUAUUCGGCCGGCGGAGCGAGCGGAGAAGUAUUCAGCCUGAACCCAGAGACCGGAAACAUCGUCCCUCCGUGUGCCGCGAAUGGAACGACAGCAACUCAGUCAUCGCCGCAAGUUCGGCCUCUCCAGCUCCUCUCCUUCCUCGACGACAAUGCUCAGCGCGAUGAUGGCAGCGUGAUGGAUUUCGGCGGUCUCCGUCACGGCGCCCACUCCGCAGAUCUUUCACUCGAUGGCAAAGCAGUAUACAUUGCGGAUAUAGGACGGAAUUGUAUUUGGACGUAUUCCGUCGAUCCGAAAACUGGGGCGUUGACACUUGGGGAGAAGCACAUCUCACCGAGACCGACUGACGGACCGAGACACGUCUGGCCGCACCCGAGCGGGCAGUUCGUGUAUUGCUUGCAAGAGCAUACAAGCAUAGUUGAUGUCUUUUCUACGAGCAACGGAGGGGUGAAGCUGAAGCACGAGCAGGGCGUGCGGAUCAUCCCGGCAGAGGAGAAAGAAGGAGACUACUGGGCGGAUGAAGUGCGGACGAGUCUGUCGCACGGAGACCAGCCGAAGUAUUUGUACGCCAGUACGCGAGGCUUGAAGAACGGGAAGAAUGGGUAUGUGGCGGUGUAUAAGUUGACCUGCGAGGGACGAAUCGAUACCUCAGUGACUCCGCACCAUUCAUACGCCAAAGGCGCCAGCAGCAGGUCCGAAUCGAGCUUGUACGCCGGCCUGUUGUAUAUGUGGGAGUCACCGACAAGUGGGGGUUGGGCAAAUGCUGUCCAACCUGGUCCGACUGUUGAUGGAAUAGAGUACCUCGCGCUGACGGAUAGUGAGCAGGGCUUUGUAUUCGUGAUGAGCUGGGAUGGGAAGGAGAUGAAAGAGGUAGCAAGAACAAAACUGGACGACGAUGCAGGCACGGCGACAGCGGUCUGGCUAUGA